CAAAAAAUCGGUUUUGAGUGAAGUUGCAACGUUCAAUAGCAGAAGUAAAUUACUAGAUGAAAAACAUCGGUUUUUUGAGCGAUAGUUUGACACUCGGUUCUCGUUCAUGCAGUCAAUUUAGCGCCAUUUACUACAAACAAUCAACAUGGAAGACGAGGAAAGCGACACCACCUCGUCCCGUGACUAUUGUAGUUACCGCGAUAAAUAAAGUUUAAAGCCACGACGACGACUCAUGAUUCGCAAUGACAGCAUGAACAUCUGCAUACGAACAACAGCUGCACUAAUCAUGUAAAUGAAAAUGUACUUUACCGCCUCCAGCUACGCAAAGCCAAAGCUAGUCGGUCCGAGUUGCUGGAAUGCGCGAGCGUUUGUCACACGACCGCUUAGAUGUUCAGCAAAUUUAUUCCUUUUCUAGAUCUGAAAAUCCAGCACCUCUAGCUCUGUCUAUGUAUCAUCAUGCAUACAACAAAAACCAGGUGGAGCCCCAUUAAGGAGACCCUCCUUCGCCAAGAGCGGCUACAUCAUCACUCUACUGCACUAAAACCACAACGCUCGAUAUGAGGAACUUCAACUUUUAUAGUAUGUUACGCUGAAGACGGUGACGCUCUCCCUCUCGCUCUCGCAACGCAAUGGAUAUUAUUUUUACACUCCCACCCGCGCAUCAAACAAGGAGUAGGAUUUGAAACAAAUUAAGUAGUAUCUGUAUCGCGGUGUUCGUGUUCCCAUAUUAAUUUCCUCCAUCGCAGAGUAAUAAAGCUCGAUCAUUUCUGCCCCUCGGGCUCGAUCUUUUAUCUUCUUCCCUCAUUGUCAUUUACCCACAGCGGCCAGCUUCUGUCAUUUUUGAUCUUGAGGGUGUACCUCUGUUUGCACCUGCAGAUGUACGACCGUUCAUUAUUUUUUUAGCGGUGAUAUUUUGUAACGAAAUAUUAUACUACACACGAUUAUGAGCAGUUGUACCAACGCGGCAAGACCAUGAUGUCUGUAUCUUUUUGCACUGCCGGUCGUGGUCGGAGCUUUUUGGGGUCGAAAUUGUUCCUAGCUUGCCCAGCGUACUGCUGACCAGGCUUUCGUCCCCUUCGGAGAAAGUUACCGUCAUGUCGCCAAUCACGAUGGAGGUGCCGUCGGACGACGUGAUCACUUCUGAGCCAGCCGGCGCUGGAGCACCACCGCGAUUGUCGGUGCAGGACCUGAAGGCGGAGAUCGCCAGGCAGCAACAGAAGAUGAAGAUGAACAUCAAGAGCAGGAGAAAACACAGGGGUUCACAACAUCAUGCUGAAGCGGAUAACGAAAAUAAACAGUCGUCAGUGCAGCUUGAUUCGCCAUUUGAUCCUGCAGAGCGACCAAGGAGGAGCGACAAUUCUGCCGGCCAGGACCUCCACAGCGAGAGAGGACAUGGCUUCGGUGCAGCCGCACAAUCGCGACGUCUUCACCCUACUUUGGCCGCCGCGGCGCUCCACAAUCUCCCAACCGCAGUCGACCGAGCGGAAACAAGACGCCCCGGGGUGGGUCGGGGCGGCGGCACGCCCAGCAGCGCAUCCUCGUCUUCAUCGACCACCACCACAGCGAGCGAUGGGGGCGAUGAAAGCACCAGCUCGGCAGUACCGGCCUUGUUGUCGUCGUCUCGGAGCAGCUUGUGUUCUCAUGCAGGCCCCCCGAGGGAAAGUCAAAGACAAAGCGGUGCUGAUUCGUUUUCGCGUCAAGUACUAGACACGCCUUAUUUACCUCAUGCUCAUUCCCCAUCACAUCAAGACGACAAAAACAGCGCUGCCGGAGCAGCUGCAAUAAAUGCAAGUAGAAUUCUUGUUCCUGCUGGAAAAGGUCAAAGCGCGCCUGUGAUAUUACGAGAAGAGGAAGACGACCAACACCGUAUCGGAGAAAACGAUAACCGGCUUCCGCCCCGGAAUAGCUACAAAAGCGCAGAAGCGCAACAAGCUGCGGACCACGCCCUCGAGGAGCAGGAAGAGGAAACUGCUGCUGGUGCAGAGACCGACUACGAGGAUGAAGAUCCGAGUCCAGCAGACAACUCCUGCGAGGACGGUGGUCUGAUGUCCCUGGAGGCCUUUCUGAAUGGUGCCGGCUUGGCGCUCUCGCCACCGAGCGGCCCCGUCAAAAGGAGCGCGCACUCGUGGUCCACUAGCAGUGGAGCAGAAGGUCGAAAUUCGGAAAAUAGAAGAGGUGAAGACAAGUGGUCGACAACGAACAAUGGUUCAAACUCGGACCCGUUGAAACAAGCAGAUCUUUCUGCAGAAGGACGAGGAAGUUCCCCUCUCCGCGACAACGAGGGCAGUGAGACUGGUGGGCCGUCCAGUUUUGACAAGUCACAACGCUCCACCGGCGUUGCUGGACAGCAUGGAAGAGGACCGCGCCCACACUUUGAACGGACCGUGUCGGCGCGGGCGAUCGGGGGCGAGAACGCUUCUUUGAGCCCCGUGAAGAAGGUGUUCCGCGGGAAGAACAACAAAGCGCAAUUCCUGAUGCUCUACAACGGGCGCAGCCGCAUUUUUGCGUUUGUGAACCGGACGUCCGGCGGGAACAUGGGCGCACGCAUCAUCGACCGGCUGAUUCCGGAGCUGGGCGAGGAAAACGUGUGCGAUUUGUCGAGCCAGAAUCCCCGGCAGUUCAUUGAAGACCAGGUGUGCGACAUGCAGUCCGUGGCCCGGCUGCUCGUUUGCGGCGGGGACGGGACUGCGAGCUGGAUCCUCGGCGUGCUCGGGGACAUGCUUGCGCAGAAGCUGCUGCGGUUCCAGCCCCCGGUUGCGCUGCUGCCGCUGGGAACGGGCAACGACCUGGCCCGCUCGCUCGGCUGGGGGUCCACCUUCUACUUUAGCAGCGCGCGGGCGCUGCAGUACCUGAAGAUGGUGGAGGACGCGGAGCUGACCAUUCUCGAUCAGUGGGAGCUCACGUUGCUCCCGAAAAAGAAGUUACCCGAGGACCACAAGCUCCGGACGCUGGGCAGUCACCCGCAAAAGGUGCAGGACCCGGCGCACCGGGAGCGGGUCUACGCCGCCCUAAAGAAAUGCAACUACGUCACCGAGGAAGACGACAUCGCGGACCAGAGUCAAGGCAUCAGCAACUUCCACCACGACACAAAAUACGCGAAGAAGAAAACCGAAAGAAUAAAGGACAACAUGGCGAGGUAACGUGAUUGCUUUUGUUGCUGUGAACAAAAAACAAGAAUAAAUUGCAAACUUAUUGAUUGUGAUUCAUUGAUGAGCCAACCGCAACCAUCAAUGAAUUGGAUUGCAUAGUUCUCAUUUUUACACUUCUACCUUCACGUUCGCUUUAAUUAGGCGCAGCUGACGAGCGCCGUCAUGUCUCAUCUAAAAAUGAUACGACUUUUUGGGAGUAGUGAACUGCAGAUUUUCAUUGCAAGUCUUCCAAUCCAUGCAAAGAUCGUGUUGCAAUCAUAAUGAAAAAAACAGGCUUCUGGACGCCCACGCUGCGAACGACGGCGAAAUUUUCCAGUCGACGUUUCAAAAUUAUUUUUCCUUUGGCGCGGACGCCGACACCACCGUAUUCGUUGAGGAUGCGCGACAGACAGCCUUCGGGAAGUGCACCUUCAGUAGCGGGCUGGGUAAGAUGUGGUACGGGUGCGGGGGCUGCAAGGGUUUCAUGAAGUGCUGUCCGCCGAGUUUGGCCGACGGGAUGGACUUUUACUACCACGACCGUCUUCGCUACGGCGGGGAAUUCGAGGACGCUGGUUUGAAAAGACGAAUGAUCCAGUCCGGACAACAUAGUGGACUGCUCAGAACUAUGGUAUCUAUUAAAAAGCGAUUUAUUUUUUAUGAUUUUGAUAAAAAGUAAAAGAAAAGAUUGCGUGGCUCGUCAACAUCUUAGCAGCUUUGAACCAAGCCACAUCAUGAUCAUCAAGAAUUGCUCCAAAGAAAAUAUCGUCGCUUUCGUCAGGUUUUCUUGAAUAUCAACUCUUACGGUGCGGGACGGAGGCCGUACCCGGGUGACAUGGGUAAGCAGCGGCCGCACGACGGCACCAUCGAGGUGCUGGGUUGUCGGAACCAGUGCAGCCUGGCACGGGCAACGCUUUGCGGCGCGUGGAUGGCGACGCUGGCCCGGGGUAAGGCCUUUUUGAUGGACCUGCGCCAGCCGCAGUACAUGCAGGCGGACGGGGAGGGUUGGAAGAUCGACCUGCCCUGCCUGGUCACGGUGUCAAAGAAGCGCACUGCCGUGCUUCUGCGCGCCCCGGUAAAUGGAAAAUUCUGGGAGGCCGCGCACAAGCCGACCUUCUGGCCGGUGGUUUUGCCGCCGGAGGAGGACGCCAACAUUGGCGACGAGGACGACAGCAGUUAUUACAGCGAGUACGGGAGUGACGGCGAUCUCAGCGGAUCAAAACGACUCGUCGGUGCUGGGGCACAAAAUGGAUCGAACAAAAGCAAAACUCGCAGCCACGACGCUGAGGAUCGAGCCGCUUUUGCAAAGCAUAGCACGCGGAGUGGCCUCUUGGUAGAAAGCAACGAAGAGGGCGCAGCUAACUCGUCUUCCUCUUCUGCAGAGAUGAACAACGACGUCAGGAGCACAGGAGCAACGUCGAAGGGCCGCGGUACCACUUCCACAGGCGGCGCCGGCAAACAAGGAGUGAAGAAAAAGAAGGCAAAACGAGCCUGGGUUCCCGCGUUCUUCCAGCGGUUUAACGGUGAGGUGGUCCGGACAAGCACCGGGGCCGACUCACCAGCUGCGUACGCGUCCCCGCGAUAUGUUGUUGACCGUGAUAUUACAGACUUGGAACGCGCGUCCACCGCCACCGAGCUCAUGCGUUUGCGCGAGCAGGAGCAACAGCGGAUGACGACUGACAGCAUAGAAACGACGAGAUCUUCCCUAAACUCGCGUGCGGCUGCAGCGGACGUGAACAUCUUUUCGGACAACGAUUACGAGGGUGCGCGCCUGUUUGACACGCGGGCCGAAGACGGGCGCGCGGAUGUGAUACGCAUGCGAGCGAUGGUGAAAGAUCAAGACAGUUCAGAGAACUUGAGCCUCAUGAUGCAGCAAAAGUACGACUCGCUCCCGGGGGUCUUCGCCAAAAAGGACUCAAACAAGCCGGGUCGGACGAUGAAAUCGGGUGCUGGUGGGGCGGCGACGAAGCAAAACAGCAAAAGGAAUUCCCCGGGUUCAACAACCAGAGCAAGUGCUGCAAAAGCAGUACACGAAAAUCGGGAGACAAACACUACUUCUUUGGGUUCAUCGGCGUUUAUCGACCUGCGCGGGAGUAAGCAAAGUGAGGAAACUGCGAGGACAAACUCCAACGAAAGUGAAAGUGGUCCCGCAACGAGAAUAGGGGGACAAGUACGAGGUGGACCAGGACAAGUUCAGCUGCAGACGAGUGCGGGUGCUGGCGCAGGCGCUUCCAGUUCGACAACAUCGCGGCAGGAAGGGGAAGAAAAGAACCCAGUUUUGUACUAUCACGAGGACGAUCUUCCCGGAGAUGUCCUGUUCGACCAGAUGUCUCCCAGUAGCAGCGCCACCAGCAGCACUCCAAGUCCCUCCCCUGUUCCCGAUAGAUAGAUUUUUUGAAACGUAAAAGUACAAGUAGAAGUAAGUAUCAAUCUAUGACUAUGGAAUAGGUCGUCGCCCAAGAACAACAAGCACAAGCCUUGAUCUUCAUGUCCUGCAUGGACAUGAUGCUUAAGACGAGAUCAAAAAUCAGAAGAACUUUUGCUGUAGUGUAACUUUCGUGUAACACAUAGUAAAAGCAACGAAAGGGCGACCGCGACACAACCAUCAACAUCAACAUGAAUUUUCAACAAGAACGUACAUUAAGCUGUACAACAUAAAGCAUCGGAGCGAGAGGGAGCACUUGCUCCGACCACAAAUAGGGAAUGAAUACUGUAGUUUUCUGCCAUCUUAUUUCUCCACUUUUCAGUUCAUUCAUCUGUGUAUUAAGUCUUACACUAUGACGACGUAUUCUCUUGUUGACAAGGUGGAUAAUUUUUUGUGUGUGGUUUAUUAUCUGUAUUGAGGUUUUCAAGCCCAGGCAAAGGCACGGGUAUUUCGCUAAGGUUG